AAGUGCUAACUAAGUGCCGAGUGCGUUUGUUAUAAUACUUUUUUAAAAACAGAUUAAUUGUUAUUACUUAAUUUUGUAUGCAGAAUAUUAAAGCAUAUUUUUUAAUUAUAUUUUUUAUUGCAUACACAACUGAAAAACGUAACCCUUAUGUCUCGCAAAUAUCAGUCAAAAAAAUGCUUAAGAAUAUUCGACUUGGAUCAAAAACGAAGUUUAGGAAAUAUUACACAAAGUGAAUUCAAGCGACUUGUGAAAUUAAACCUUUUGAAUAAUAUUAGUUUUGAGCCUGAAAAAGUUUCUUUACAUGAUCCUGGAAGUCACAAUGAAAUCAUUAGCAUGGAAGUAGCUCCAUAUCCACACAAAUUGUUAUUAACAUUGACUAAAAACAGUUCUUUUGCCAUUUUCAAUAUAAAUUCACAUCCAUUAGGUUAUAAGAUUAAACUGAAUAAACAUAUUCGUGCAGAUAACAUACUCUCUUUCACACCACCAAAUUCCAUUCAUUGGUUUUGGGACUGUUCAAUGAUAUCAAUUGGCAUCAGAUAUUCUAUACAAUUUUGGGAUGUUGAAGUAGGAGAAGAAAUAGAGACUAUAAGAUUACGUUCCAGUAUAUUGAAUCAUGUUAUCGCUGCAAAGGAACAUACCGUUCACGACUAUGUUGCUGUCUCGGGAAAUGAAGGAAAUGUAUUCAUCCUUGAUAUACGUGUUGGUAAUAUUGUAUUAACUUCACACGCUGUUGAACGAAAUCCCAUAAGAGCUCUUCACUGGCAUCCAAAUAACGACUUACAAUACGCUACUGGUAAUGACAAUGGAAACAUAUUUUUAUGGGAUACCCGAUUUCAAAAAAAAGCUUUACUCAAAUUCUGCGGUAACGAGAGUUUUAAUCAAGUUUCCAGUCAUGAACAACCAGUUGCCGGCUUGCGGUUUUAUAAUAAUGGAACUAGUAUAGUGUCUAUUGAUAAUGAGGGUACCGUUAAAUCUUGGGAAGUCUCUAGUGGCCGAAUACGACUAGGAUACUACGAUCAAGUGCAAUUUUGUAAUUUUAACCAACAUACAUUUUAUAAAGAAUACCAGUUUUCUACUACUGAUAAUUUAAAAGACGAUAUAGCAUUUAUGCCAUCGGCUGAAGGGUUGUGCACAUUUGAUUUAAAUACCGGUAAGCAACUAUCAUACUCAAAAGCCCUUCGUCGCAGUAUCAUCUGUACGUCUUAUGACCCCCAAACGUUGCGUGUAUACGGAAGCAUGAAUAACAUAAUUAGAUCGUGGGCUCCACUUCAGCCAACACCCGAUGACUUAACUUAAAAAAAAUGAAUUGUGUUGUUUAUUUCUCUUGUGUAUUCUUUCCUAUGUUUUGUAUAUUUAUAAGCAAAUUAUGUAUAAACUCAUGUAACCAAUUUAUGUUAACACAAUUUACAAAUGUAUGCAAUAACAAAUUGUAGAUAUUUAAUAUUUGGGUAAAAAUUGAUUACUAAAAAUACAUGAUUUUUUACUUAACAAUUUUUUUUUUAUGCCCAGUAAGUUCCAACAGUAAUUAGUAUUUAUUCGAUAUUGAUAAAUGAUCAUUUUUUGUAUUAAUAUUAAUUUUUAGAAUAUAAAUCUGUUUGUAUAAAAAUUAGGCUUUGUUAUAAAUUGAUGAAAAUGUGUUUUUUCU